AUGCGUACAUCAUACACCAGGCCCGGCGCACCCAGUGCUCUGCACCCCGACCCGAAUUGCGUCAUGGAUGUGAUGCUCUGUCUUCUCAGUUUACCGAAAGUGAUUCUAUCAGCUGAACAUUUGGACUCCUAUACGGUAUAUCAUCGUCUGGCGCCGCUGGAGUUGAAACCCGAGAUCGUUUCCCAUCAAUUCCCUUGGGAGGCUCGAGCUACUCUACAACUUGGCUUUACUCCGACAGAAACCCCCUUAGGAGACCUGGAUGACCGUCAAAUCAACGUUCUAUCCUUCCCAAAACUGAACUCUCCACUUAGUCUCACCCUUCUGAGCAAGGCGAAUGUGACACUUUACUAUCAGCUAAGUGUAGUCCCAAGCCAAUCCGGGCCACCAUCAGAAGAGAUUGGCGUCUCAUCUACUCGCACAAUCUCUUCUGCACCUCUUGUUCGUACAUAUCUCACUAGCCUCAACUCAAUCAUUCCAUACAAAAGUUGUCUCUGGAUUCAAAUGCUGACCUUUUGCAUUAAUCGAUUUGAUGAUACACAGUGCGCCCUUGAUACAAAUGGACAACCAGGACAAGAAGUUCAAGAAUACUUCAAUCUUUGGCUAAGACCUAAACCAAUAAACUCCGCAAAGAAACCAACUACCUUCGUAACUGAAGAUUACGAUCUAUUAGGAAUCAAUUGGGCAACUAACAAAUUAUGUUCUACAGUACCAAUACCCUCCAAUGAAGUUGGAAAAAUGCAAGAUCGUAUCAAUCAACAAUUUUCAAAAAUAGGAAAAUGGAAAAGUCGUAUAUCAGUUCGAUUACCUGAAAGUUUACCAAAACCAGUUCUAAAAGAUUAUCCUACUGGUCAAACUCCUGAAAUCCUAUCUGAUGGUUCAAUCAAACCCCCACCUAAAGAACAAGGUUGGUUAGCUAAAUAUUGGAUGUAUAUCUUACCUCUUGUGGUUUUGUUAUUAUUAGGUGGUGGUGCACCUGAAGAAGAAGAAGGAGCUCGUCCAAAAUCUUGA